AUGGAGAAGAAGACUCUGUCCGCAUUGGUGACGCUGCUCCUUAUUUUUGGUGCGGUCGUAACAGAUGGCAGUCUCCUCAAUCUUAAUAAGAUGAUCAAACAAGUCACUGGGAGGAACGCCAUUAUAAAUUAUGGUGCCUAUGGAUGUCACUGCGGAUGGGGAAGCAAAGGAAAACCCCUGGAUGACACUGAUUGGUGCUGCCAUGAACACGACUGCUGCUAUCAUCGAACGGAGAGGCAGGGGUGCUGCCGCCCCAUAAUUACAAGAUAUUCCUACACCCACCAGUUCGGGGACGUGAGCUGUGGCCGUGGAACAUCAUGUCAACAGCAGAUCUGUGAAUGCGACAGAGAGUUCGCGCUGUGCUUGGAAAGAAACUCCUGGAGCUAUAGGAGACGCUAUCGCUUCUAUUGGAAUUUGCUCUGCAAAGGUCCAAACCCUAGCUGCUAG